AUGAACAAUCUCUCCCUACAGAUCUCUACUUCCAUUAUGUACACUAUAUUGUUGGUCAUUCUGGUCGGCUGGGCCCAUGCUGUUAUCGAGCGUCAAGGGUUUCUCUCCGCUGUUUAUUUUACCAACUGGGCAAUUUACGACCGUCACCAUUACCCCCAAGAUCUUCCUGUCGACAAUCUCACGCAUGUCUACUAUGCUUUCGCUAACAUACGUCGGAACGGUGAGGUCUAUCUCAAUGACGACUGGGCCGAUAUUCAGAAGCAUUUUGCUGGAGACUCGUGGGACGACUCGGGAUCAGACGCAACAGUCUAUGGCAACAUCAACCAAAUUAAUAAGCUCAAGAAGAAGAACCGCAACAUGAAGGUUCUUCUGUCUGUCGGUGGAUGGGAAGACUCUUCGAAUUUCGUAGGCCCGGCUAGCACUUCUGCUGGACGCAGGGUGCUUGCAAGGUCCGCGGUUGAAUUGAUGCAGAAUAUUGGAUUUGAUGGUAUUGAUAUUGAUUGGGAAUAUCCUGUUAAUGAUACCCAAGCGCGUAACAUGGUCUCCCUUUUGCAAGAGCUCCGAUCGGAACUCAGAAAUGGCGGCAGCGCUGAAAACCCCUACCUCUUGACCGCUGCCUCUCCCGCUGGUCCAUCCAAAUAUUCCGUUCUUCAUCUCGCCGCAAUGGACCAGUAUCUUGAUUACUGGAACGUGAUGACUUACGAUUACGCUGGAGAAUGGGACCACGUGUCUGGGCACGCUGCGAGCCUGUAUCGAUCCUCAAGUGCGCCCAAAAGCACUCCUUUUCAUACGGACCAGGCGAUAACUGCCUACCUGAAUGCUGGAAUUCCAGCCCAUAAGAUUAUCUUGGGCAUGCCACUCUAUGGUCGGGCUUUCGCUGGCACUGACGGACCAGGAAGUCCUUUCGCCUCCAUACCCGCUGGUCAUUAUGAGCGUGGCAUUUAUGAUUACAAGGAUUUGCCCUUGGAGGGGGCGGAGGUUAGGGAAGAUCUAAAGCUAGGAGUGAGCUGGAGCUAUGAUCCUUCCCAGCGCAUGAUGGUGAGCUUCGAUACCCCGAAUAUCAUCAAACUAAAGGCGGAGUACAUUCGCUCUAAGGGACUGGGUGGUGGGUUCUUUUGGGAUUCUAGUGGCGACAAACCCGGCGAGGAAAGCUUGAUCUCAACCGUGGCUUGUGGAUUCUUUUGGAGGUUCAUGCGCCUUGCAGAUCUCACCUAA